UCUUAUGCUUUUGAAAACUGCAUGUGAAAAAUGAGACUGCAAGCAACAAAGACUUCUCUCCUGAAUAUAAAGGGGCAGUGCACAUUCACAACUUGAUCUGUUAAUAGAGAAAAAUGCUAGGGAGUAUACAAAAAUAUCUCACCUCAUCCACGUAGCAGGGAAGUGUGGGGCAUCUUUAUUAGUGAGUGCAGCACCUGAGGUGCUGGAACUGAGGCAAAAUGGAAAUAGAACAAGACAGAAGAACGCAUGGAUCCAAAAUGGGAUGUACCACUACAGCCAUCAGUGCAACUUUGGUAGCAGGUCUAAUUGGCAUUGCCAUAAUCUUGGUUGCUGUGUUCACAACCAAGGCCACAAAUCCAGAUCCUGUGAUUUCUUUUGAAACUGGAGGGGAUAUGCUGGAGUACUUGCAAAAGCUGGGACGCAUUGAUAAGAUGGAUGGCUUACUAGUCACGUGGUACCAUGCUGCCAACAAAAAGGCUGAAAUGCAAGCAGCUCUAGACAGCAGUUUGAUGGUGCUUGAAGCUGAUGUCAACCUGGAAGGACUUAAUACCGUAAAUGAAACCACGGUACCAAUUAUGGCCCAUCCACCUGAUAUCUACAGUGACAACACUCUACAGGAGUGGCUGAAUGCUGUUCUUCAGUCCAAGAAAGGUAUUAAACUGGAUUUUAAAAGUAUCAAGGCAGUUGCUCCUUCAUUGGAUAUCUUAGUUAAAACAGCUUCACAAGUUAACAUCAAUAGACCGGUAUGGAUCAAUGCUGACAUUGUACAUGGCCCCAACGUGCCCACGAUUGUACCAACUGUGAACGGAACCAGAUUUCUAGCUCUAAUACAGGAAAAGUUUCCAAAUGUUACUGUCUCUCCAGGUUGGUUAACCCUUUAUGUACAACAAACACCCAACAAGACAUAUACAGAAAAAAUGAUUCACGACAUGUACGAGCUAGUGAAAGAUGUGCCUCAGAGGGUCACCUUUCCGGUCCGUGCUGUCAUGCUCAGACAAGCAUGGCCUCAUUUCAGCUGGCUCCUGAACAUUUCAGAUAGAUACAGUUUGACUCUCUGGCAAGGCAGUACAGACCCUGUCACAAUAGAAGAUCUGCUGUUUGUACGAGACAACACCAGACCUGAGCAGGUUUACUAUGACAUUUACGAUCCUGUUUUGUCCCAGUUCAAAGAAAUUGCAUUGAAACAAAAAAGGAAACGGAGAUUUUAUCCUGGUGGAAACUUAAUUGACUACAUUAAACCUCAGGAUCUGAAUGCAAUGUACAUUAAGUGGUAUAGUAGCUUAUAUGAAGACCGUGACCUGAUGUCAGUAUUUAAAGAUAAUGAUGGAGGCAUUAUAGCAUUUAAAGUUGGUCUUCAAUCAAACAAAUAUGACAUACCCACACCAGUAGUAAACUCAACAUCUGUCACUGAUCUUACUUUAGACAGAUUUUUGGAUAUAUUGUUGGCAUCUCAGGAGUCUUGGGGACUAUACCUUGAUAUCAAGUCUCCUUUAGCACUAAAUCUAACGCUUGAUAUUCUUAGACAGAAAUACAGAGAUAAUCUCCUAUACAACCCUGUGUGGAUAAACAUGGAUGUGUCCUAUGGACGAUUCUCCGCUCCUGGAUAUAUAGAAGGAAAAGAGUUCUUGAGAACCAUCAACAAAAUAUUUCCUUUUGUUACUCUAGCCAUUGGUUGGCCAGCUGAAUCACUAACCCAAGGUUACACAGAUACAUUAGUCGAGGAUAUGCUAAGCCUCUGCAGUGGAGUUUGGCAGGAGGUAUCAUUUCAGCUGAAAGCUGCAGCUGUUGACAAGUCAUGGCAGCCCAUUUUUAAGUUGUUAGAAAGCUCUCCCAGCUACAGUGUAACCAUAGGUCAUGAACAUGAAGAUGGCACCUUUGAUAAAGGAUUUAAAGGUUUACUGGAUAUCCAAGCUUAUGGUCCCCAAAAAGUGUUCUAUCACCUUCCACAGGAUUAUUUAAAUACUUUCUUUGAAGACAUUAUCACAUCUUAGGAACCUCUGGUCAUUUUGUUUUUAUCCAAGCACAGCAAAAGUGAUACCAUUUGCUUUGUGCUAAAACCAUCCGAGAAUAUAAAUUGUUCCUGCAUAAAUAUUUACUUUGCUAGUGUUGCACUGUAAAAUGCACCUUUUUUUAAGAAUGUUGCAUACAUACUGUAACUCUGUCUCUCCUGUGUCUCUCUCUAUCUCUCACCAGGAAGCAGUGUCUCAUACUAAAAGCCAGCAUGGGGCUGGGUCCCUGAGAUAUGCAGGCUUAUAUACAUAUUGCAAAGAUUACUAUUAUUAUUAGUAGUAGUAUUAGUAUUACUAUUUUGAGGAUUUUGUCAUGUGAUCAUUUUUCCUUUGCUUAUAUAGUAGUUGUGACUUUUCCUGCAUUUUGCUCCAGCACUGAUGAUUUCUAUCUCUUCUCUCACCAAGCAGUACGUGCAUGUACCCUACCCCACAAUACAUGUACCACCCCAUCUUUAGCAUAUCCGCACUGCUAAUUUUUUUCUUACUCCAUAUUCUCAGUACAGCUGAAAGACAACUUGACACAUGCAGCCUUUUUUGCCAGGCUGAAUAACAACUUUUACAGGAAUGAUAUGAUGUCAAAAGGACCAUUUUCUCUUUAGUGCAAUAAACUGAAAGGAGUAUUGCUGGAUACCUAGUGCAACACUUGAAGGAUAGAACUGACUGUCCUCUGUGUAAAUGCUGUAAAUAGUCAUGCCUUGCAUUUUCUUUGUCACUAGAUCUCCUCCCUCCUUGCUCUAAAACACAGUCCUACAAACAAUACCAUUUGUUUGUCUGUAAGGUAACAUAUAGAUAUUCUGACUUUCUCUUAACAUUCUUCUCAGUUUUUUUCUCCAGUUCUCUUCAUCCACUUUCCAUGUAUAUUACAAGUUCUAAGGAUCUCCAGUUUCUCCCUCUUGCACAACUCUACAUGGUUUGCCCCAUUCAGAGACAAUGUAUUAAACACAACAGAUGGCCUAAGUUCUCUGCUGAAAGAACUGUUCAGACACUUCUUUAUUUUAUAGAACAUUUGUAGAUGUUUAUCCUUCAAAUUAUAUUAUAAUACACUACUAAAAUUAUAUGACUUCUCUUUUUACAUUUAUAAAUUUGCAUCUUAAUGGAAUUUGUAUGACUUCUGUUUAGGUUUGUUACUCUACUUGGAUCUGAGAAUAACCACAAGUGAUGAAAUCACCUUACAUGUUCCUCCCUUGAAUUUCUAGUUCCCAGGACAUCUCUGGAAAUAGGCUAGCUCCACAGGUAUUUGAUCAGUUAUCAAAAUGUAAUAAAUAAAAGCAAAUACAU